ACGCGGGAGCGCGCCUCACUGAUCCAAGGACAGAGCUGCGGACGCGCGCGAGCAUCAGGUCACCUGAAAGUCCUCCAGCUCCACGAGACCGAACCGACCCAGAAGAUUCGGUCCGGUUCGGUCCUGCAGAGGAAAAAACCGAGCCGAACCCGAAUUCCGAGGCAGGUGAAUCAACAGGACCAGGACGAACCGAGCCCGCGGGUCCCGCGUCACAGAACCCCGACCGGAACCGAAACCUGGCUGUCAGAGAAGCAGCCAGAACCAGACCCAAAAGGUCCGACCCGGUUCAGUCAUCAGUAAUUCAGAGAACACACAGGAACCUUUUUAACCCAACCGAACCGAACCGAACCGGAGCGUGACCCGUCUGAUUACUGAGAUCAUCGGGAACCGAACCGGAGCAGACUGGACCGGAUCAACAGGAGACCAACGGACCUGCUGGGAGACUCCGAGGACCGGCAGCUGAGUCAGAACCAGAACCAGAACCCGCAGCUGGAUGAUGGAAGAGCACAGCUUCCUGCUGCUCGCCGUGCUGCAGUGCUGCUCGGUGGCGCUGUGCGGCUGCGAGCCCCGCCUGGUCAAUGUGGGCGCCGUCCUGAGCCAGAAGCGCUACGAGCAGGUGUUCAGGGACGCCGUGAGCCAGGCCAACGCCCUCUACGGCAAGGACAAGUUCAAGAUGAACGCCAUCUCCGUCACACACAAGUCCAACGCCAUCCAGAUGGCGCUGUCCGUCUGCGAGGACCUCAUCUCCAACCAGGUCUACGCCAUCCUGGUCAGUCAUCCCCCGCAGUCCAAUGACCACCUGACCCCCACACCCGUCUCCUACACGGCCGGGUUCUACAGGAUUCCUGUGGUCGGCCUGACAACGCGCAUGUCCAUCUACUCGGACAAGAGCAUCCACCUGUCCUUCCUGAGGACGGUCCCGCCGUACUCCCACCAGGCCCAGGUGUGGUUCGACCUGAUGAGGGAGUUCAGGUGGAACCACAUCAUCCUGAUCGUCAGCGACGACCACGAGGGCCGAGCCGCCCAGAAGAGGCUGGAGACACUGCUGGAGGAGCGCGAGACCAAGACUAAAAACAGGAACUAUGAAAACCUCGACCAUCAGAACUUUGACUUCAGGAGAACACCUAAGGCGGAGAAGGUGCUGCUCGUCAGCCAGGACACCAACGUGACCGCGCUGCUGCUGGAGGCCAAAGACCUGGAGGCUCGAGUCAUCAUCCUGUCAGCCAGGCUUGCUGGGCCUCCAGCUGAUUAACGGUAAGAACGAGUCGGCUCAUAUCACGGACGCCGUCGCCGUGGUGGCUCAGUCCCUGCAGGAGCUGUUUGAGAAGGAGAACAUCACGGAGCCUCCGCGGGGCUGCGUGGGGAACACCAACAUCUGGAGAACCGGGCCGCUCUUCAAACGGGUGCUGAUGUCAUCGAAGUACCCCGACGGCCUGACGGGACGGAUUGAGUUUAACGACGACGGCGACCGGCGCUUCGCCACCUACAGCAUCCUGAACUACCAGCAGAAACCGGGUCGCCUGGUCCAGGUCGGGGUCUUCAACGGAACACAGGUGGUGAUGAAUCCUCAGAGGAAGAUCAUCUGGCCUGGAGGAGAGACGGAGAAACCAGUGGGAUACCAGAUGUCGACCAAACUGAAGAUCGUGACGAUCCACCAGGAGCCGUUUGUUUACGUCAAGCCGACGAAGAGCGACGGGACGUGUAAAGAAGAGUACACCGUUAACGGGGUUCUGAUCAAGAAGGUGAUCUGUACCGGACCCAACGGGACCAUACCAGGUCAGCCCAUCGUCCCGCAGUGCUGCUACGGGUUCUGCAUCGACCUGCUCAUCAAGCUGGCCAUGAGCAUGAACUUCACCUACGAGGUUCACCUGGUGGCUGAUGGGAAAUUUGGAACGCAGGAGCGAGUGAACAACAGCAACAAGAAGGAGUGGAACGGAAUGAUGGGGGAGCUGCUGGGGGGCCUGGCGGACAUGAUCGUGGCCCCCCUGACCAUCAACAAUGAGCGCGCUCAGUACAUCGAGUUCUCCAAACCUUUUAAAUACCAGGGGCUCACCAUCCUCGUCAAGAAGGAAAUCCCUCGCAGCACUCUGGACUCGUUCAUGCAGCCGUUCCAGAGCACACUGUGGCUGUUAGUCGGUCUGUCGGUCCAUGUGGUGGCAGUGAUGCUUUACCUAUUAGACCGGUUCAGCCCGUUUGGGAGGUUUAAAGUGAACAGUGAAGAAGAAGAGGAAGACGCCCUCACCUUGUCCUCAGCUAUGUGGUUCUCAUGGGGAGUUCUGCUGAACUCUGGGAUCGGAGAAGGAGCUCCCAGGAGCUUCUCGGCCAGGAUCCUGGGGAUGGUGUGGGCCGGCUUCGCUAUGAUCAUCGUAGCAUCGUACACCGCCAACCUGGCGGCCUUCCUGGUGCUGGACCGGCCUGAGGAGCGCAUCACUGGCAUCAAUGACCCCAGGCUGCGUAACCCAUCAGAUAAGUUCAUCUACGCCACAGUGAAGCAGAGCUCGGUGGAUAUCUACUUCAGACGGCAGGUGGAGCUGAGCACCAUGUACCGGCACAUGGAGAAACACAAUUACGAGAGCGCCGCCGAGGCCAUCCAGGCUGUCCGAGACAAUAAGCUGCACGCCUUCAUCUGGGACAGCGCCGUGUUGGAGUUCGAGGCAUCGCAGAAAUGCGAUCUGGUGACGACUGGAGAGCUUUUCUUCCGCUCCGGGUUUGGGAUCGGAAUGAGGAAAGACAGUCCGUGGAAGCAGAAUGUUUCUCUGGCUAUUCUCAGUUCUCAUGAAAAUGGCUUCAUGGAAGACCUGGACAAGACGUGGGUUCGUUACCAGGAGUGUGACUCCAGGAGCAACGCGCCCGCCACCCUCACCUUUGAGAACAUGGCAGGUGUGUUCAUGCUGGUGGCCGGCGGCAUAGUCGCAGGGAUCUUCCUCAUCUUCAUUGAGAUCGCCUACAAACGUCACAAAGACGCCCGCAGGAAACAGAUGCAGCUCGCAUUCGCUGCCGUCAACGUUUGGAGGAAGAACCUGCAGGAUAGGAAAAGUGGUAGAGCAGAGCCCGAGCCUAAAACCUCUUUUAGGUCCAUCACUUCGACCUCCGACCUCAAACGCCGUUUGCCCCCCGGGGACGCCACGCCGUACCCAACUGACAUCACCGGCCAGCUCAACCUAUCAGAUCCCUCCGUCAGCACCGUGGUCUGAGGGGGCCGGAGGAGGCGAGGGAGCUUCACUGCUGCUGCUGGGCCCAACACACACAUCGUGACACACACACACACGUCAUGACACACACACAUACACACACACAGUGCCCCUCUGGACACAAACACACAUGCUAACACGCCAGCACACAUUAUUCACACAAAUGGACAGGAAGUAGAUCAUGAUGGCAUCAAAUCACACUGUGCCAGAAAACACACACACACACACACACACCCUCAUACCAUGUUUCUCUAUCCUUGUAGGGACUUACCAUUGACUUACAUUCAUUUUCUGGUAAUUUUAUAUUCUAACCCUGACCAUUUACCCUAAAAUUAACCUCACAGGUACCUACCUGACC